UCAGUAUUCCACGUGCUCCUGGGGAGUCUCCCCUGUUUCACUACCCUACGCUACUCUUUUCAAUGCUACAUUACUAUUACUUUUUAUUUCUUUUCUUCCUCACUCUCACCCUCCCUCUCACUCUCUCAUUCGCAUCAUUCACAUGGAAGCCAUCAAAGGAGGAGGAGGCGGAGGCGGAGGAGGAAGAGUUGGCGUCGGGGACGACCACGACAUCUCCGACGGAAUGCAGUGCACCGACCACCCUUUCCGAAACAACCCAGGUGCCAUCUGCGCCUUCUGCCUUCAGGAGAAGCUCGGCAAGCUUGUUUCCUCUUCCUUCCCUCUUCCCAUCCACGCUCCUUCUUCCUCUUCCUCCUCUCCUUCUUUCAGAUCCGACCGACCACCCUCCUCCUCCACCACUCGCCCUUCCCUCCCUCCCACCGCCACCUCACCACCCGCCCCCUCCUCUUCCUCCUCCUCCUCUUCCCUCCCCCACUCCCACUACCACCACUACUACGCCCGCAGAACCCGCCUCCCUUUUCUCUUGUCCAAGAACAAGAAGAAGAAGCCCUCGCCCAAUGCAUCCUCCCACCUCGUUCUCAAGCGCAGCAAGUCCACCGCCACGCCCCGAACAAACCACUCCUUCCUCGACGCUCACCACGACCAGGAUUUCAGUCCCAGGAAGAGACACGGCUUCUGGUCCUUUCUCUACCUCUCUUCCAAAUCAUCCAAGAAACUCAACUCCAAGAGCUUCAGGGACACCAACACCAACGUCAACGUCAACCACCCGCCCAGGAUCUCUGCCAUUAACUCCGCACCGGGAACUACUUCUCUCAAGCCCAAGGAAAACACUUCCUCUGCUUCUUCUCUCAGGACUGACAUUGUUGUUCAACGGGACACCAAUAACAGCAGUAACAGUCCCACUGCUCAUGCCACUUCUUCUAUGGAGCGUAAGGUUUCGAGAUCCAGAUCUGUUGGCUGUGGCAGCAGAAGCUUCUCUGGGGACUUCUUCGAGAGGAUUUCUACCGGGUUCGGAGAUUGCACUCUCCGGAGGGUGGAGUCUCAGCGCGAAGGCAAGCCUAAGGUGGCCGGUGGUGACGCUUCCGCCGUGAGCCGUGGCGGCGAUCACCACCACCACCAUUGCAUGAAGGAGAGAGUGCGGUGCGGAGGAUUGUUUAGUGGGUUCAUGAUGACUUCGUCUUCUUCCUCGUCUUCUUCCUCUUCUUAUUGGGUGUCUUCUUCUGCUGACGACGCCGCAAAUGGGAAAUCAGCGACUGUGACCCUAUCUCAUAACAGGGGUAGGAGUUGGGGAUGGGCUUUUGCGAGUCCCAUGAGAGCUUUCGGCGGCAAACCGUCUUCUAAAGAGAGUAAUAGAAGAGAUAUCAUUAGAGAUGCCAAUGACAAUAAGAAUGCUACGCCAAACUUAUCGGCCAUACCCUCCUUGCUCGCCGUCAGAAGCUGAGAACAGAAGGGGCAAAGAAGAAAAGGAAAAAAAGAAAAGAAAAGAAUUGAAAAAAGUUGUACUGAAGGUGAUGAAAGAUGGUUGGAAGAGAAAGUGGUCCAUGGUAGUAGGGGAUUGGAAUUGAAGUAGUUACAGAGCGUGGUGGCAUUUAUUUGAAAGUUGUAGUGUGCACCUAAUUGGCAGUGCUAGUAAUUGUUUAACGCAUUUAUAUCUGGAGUAUUCCAUUUGCAUAGCUGUGUAGAAAGCCAGUGGUUUAUCAUGUGCCUAGGAUAGUGCAUGAAGCAGAAGCAUAUCAUAGCUCUGAAGGACGUGUAUUGGUGGUGAUGUGAAGGGUUUAUUAUAUUUCAUUUGUGGGGGAAUCCAUCAGAAAUGGACACCAAAUGGAAUAACUUAUAAAGGGACACCUGGUCAACCAAGGAGAUGCAUGUCUACUAUAUCUCUUUUUGUAGACAAAAAUCAUAUAAUGUUAUGUAAAUUGUGUAACUUUGUUGUGUAUUGUAAACGGCGGUGGCAGUUACCUAUAAGGGACGCCGAAGAAAGGAUAAUUAAGUUAAACACCAGAUGACCGUUGCUGAAAAUUAUAUUAAAACUUUGAUUGAGUUUGAUACAAUGAUGUAUUAUAAAAAUAGGAGAGGGAGCGCAAGUGUUUUUCUUCCUUUUCUUCAUCAUCCUUUCUGUUUCAAUAUUCCUUUUUGUUUUGUUGUUUUUUCAUGAUUGGUCGUCUUGUUUUUAAGUGGACGAUUGACUUAUGGUUCUA